CACUCGCGGUGAUUGUGACAUCGUCGCCCCUGCUACCAGUUGUGGGAGACCCCUGGCGUUAUUGCGUUGGAGACGCCAUUGUUGUGGCGGAGAGGUGGUGUCGGUUUGAAAUUGUGGGACCUGCCUCAGCUUUGACAUUAGUGCCGUCCUUAUGUAUCAGUCUAGUACUUGAGUGAUUAUUUAUUUUUUUUUAGUGUGGGUUACAGUCUGGUGUAGUGAUGACUGAGUGUUAGAAAGCUGCAGUGCGAAAAUGUGUCUGAGAAACGCUGACGGGCCUAUCGAUUGGAGCUGAGCCUAGGAAGCCACCUGCCAGGAAACCGGCCUGUCUACAGUGCCGUCCGUUCGGAGCGCCGAUUCUGCGUUCCUGCAUCUUCACCUUCCCCCUCCCCCACCUUCACUUCCCCCAACUCCCCAGUCCUCGCACCCCAUCCCCUUUAUUUCCUAUUUACCCCCUCCGCAUUUCGAGCAAUAAGACAUGGAUCGCACUUGCUACUGAGAAGUACUCGCCGAGGAAAAAGAGGCGCAGCUCUGUUGGUACUAGGUCCUUGUGUGUGUUGUGUGUAUUUUUCCUCCUUUCCGCCACCAUUAAUACGAGUGACUUUUUUUCGUGUACAAAAUAAAACUCAUUCCCAAUCUUAGUUAAAGGAGAAACGGUAUUUAGAGCUGUUCCCGAAGAUAAUAUCUGUGAGCAAGAUCGUUCCAGCGGGAUUUUCCGAAGGAAGGAAGAGGCAAACGUGGAUCCGAUUCCUUUAGAUUUAAAAAAAAACUGUGCCGAGACGUACUGCAUUGCGGCUUUGUAAUUAAAAGGAAGAGGGAAAAUAAACUGAAUAUUUUUGAACUCUCUACCUUGGGAAAUAAAUCCUUUGGACUUCGUACAAUUUCUUGGACAUUUAAACUAUACCAUUGACUUUUGAACUAUCCGGUUUAUUAGUGAGUAAAACAGCUAGUAUUUAAUUUUGUGCAAUGUGCAGUUGAAAACCAGUUAUUUCCUGACUUUACCAUCCAGUAUAGUGUUUUUUUAUAAACUUGCUUUAAUACAACAAAAUCUAAAUACUUGAAUUUCAGAUAUUAAAUUGUGAAAAAGAGGACUUUUUUGUUUUUUUGUGUUUUGCAGUUGUAGAAGGGUAAAACUUUUUUGGGUAAGGCUUGUCCCAUUCAAAAAAAAACAAAAAUGUCGUGUGUACAUUACAAAUUUUCUUCUAAACUGAACUAUGACACGGUCACUUUCGAUGGGCUUCAUAUUUCUUUGAGUGAUCUAAAGAAGACGAUCAUGGCCAGAGAGAAGCUGAAGGCGGCAGACUGCGAUCUACAGAUCACCAACGCACAAACCAAGGAAGAAUAUACAGAUGAUAAUGCUUUAAUCCCCAAGAAUUCAUCUGUGAUUAUAAAAAGGAUUCCGAUUGGAGGUGUGAAAUCUGCUGGCAAAACAUUUGUCAUUGAUCGUUCUGAACCAGCAACUGGAACAUCGAAAGCAUUUUAUCCUUUUGCUCACGGAGGCAGCAGGGGAAGGCAAGAGAAAGAGGUCACAGACCUAGUUGCCAGACUGCAGGGAAAGCUCGGCGAGACUCAAUGCAUGUACACUAACUGUGCGUAUUCUGAAAGAAUGUUUACUCAGAUUGAUGACUCUGGAACAUCUAUCUCUCUGGCCCAGCUUACAAAGGUUACAGGCUUGAGGAACUCUUCCUCCCUCCCCAAGCUAAGCGACAAGCUGGAUGGAAGAUGGUUUUAUACGGCCAAUCUGGCUGAAGCUAACGCCUCAGAGGAAGAUAAAAUUAAGGCAAUGAUGACUCAGUCUGGUCAAGAAUAUGAUCCAGUCAAUUACAUGAAGAAACCUUUGGGUCCUCCUCCUCCAACAUAUACAUGUUUUCGUUGUGGAAAACCAGGCCAUUAUAUUAAAAACUGCCCAACAAAUGGGGACAAAAAUUUUGAAGCUGUGCCCAGGAUUAAGAAAAGCACAGGGAUUCCCCGCAGUUUUAUGGUAGAAGUUGAUGACCCCAACAUGAAGGGUGCAAUGCUCACCAAUACUGGGAAAUACGCAAUACCAACAAUUGAUGCAGAAGCAUAUGCACAGGGCAAGAAGGAAAAGCCACCGUUCUUGCCUGAGGAACCCUCCUCAUCAUCUGAAGAGGAAGAUCCAAUUCCUGAUGAACUCUUGUGCCUUAUCUGCAAGGAUCUUAUGAUGGAUGCUGUUGUUAUACCAUGCUGUGGGAACAGUUAUUGUGAUGAUUGUAUCAGAACAUCAUUACUUGAAUCUGAAGAACACACCUGCCCAACUUGCCACCAAACAGAUGUUUCACCUGAUGCUUUGAUUGCAAACAAAUUUUUAAGACAGGCUGUGAACAACUUCAAAAAUGAAACUGGUUAUACAAAAAGAACUCGCAAGCAACAGCCGACUCAGCAGCAGCGACAAGCUCCGUCCCAACAAAUGCAUAAUCAACAAUCUGCUCUGAGGCCAUUACCCCUGCUCAACCCUCAACCUGUUCUUCCAGUAAGCAGAGCAGCUAGCUCAAAACCAGCAGACAUGCCAGUCACCACCACUACUCCGACUGGCCCAACUUCCCUUCCAAGUACAGCCCCUACCCCAGUACGUGCUCCUUCUCCUGUGAAAACUAGUAGAGCUCCCCCCACUGCCAACAACCCUGCUCCAGACUUGUCAACAGCCACAGUUCAUGUUCAUCCGUUACCUCCAAAGCACGAAGAAGGGGAUAUUGAACUCAGCAAAACGGUUGCAGUCACAACCACAACUGGAACAACCACAAGUAAUCCAUCAAUGUCUACGAGCAGUACCUCUGCCGUGAAGGGUUAUCAGGUUCCUGUUCUUGGUCAUCCAGCUUCACAUGGACAGUCCAUACCCACAACAGGUCAGCCAAUGAGAAGCAGUGGGGUUCGACCACCAGGAAGCAGACCUGGCUGGGAAUUGCCAUCCACCAGAGGGCAUCAACAGAGUGAUCGUGUUCCAAGAAGCAGAGCGCAGGCAACUAAUCCCCCACCAGUGUACGUCCACCCACCAGCUCUGUAUCCUCCUCCGCCUCACCCAGUUCCUCUUCCCCCAGGAGUGCCUCCCCCUCAAUUUCCUCCACAGUUUCCUCCUGGCCAGCCGCCACCCACUGGAUUUAGCAUCCCUCCUCCAGGAUUCCCUCCAGCUCCAGCCACUAUUUCUGCCCCUUGGGUACCACCUGCCACUCCAGCAACUCCUGCAAGUGUAAUGCCGACAGUCACACAAGCACCUCCACUUUCUAGGGAGGAGUUCUACAGGGAACAGCGACGGCUGAAAGAAGAGGAGAAGAAAAAAUCAAAGCUUGAUGAGUUCACCAAUGAUUUUGCUAAGGAAUUAAUGGAGUAUAGAAAAAUUCAAAAGGAACGCAGGCGCUCCUACUCCAGGUCCAGAUCGCGUUCGUAUAGUGGAUCAUCAUUCAGUGGAAGUUCUUAUUCUUACUCCAAGUCUAGAUCUAAUUCCUCACGAUCCUAUUCCCGAUCAGUUAGUAGAUCACCAAGUCGUUCCUAUUCAAGAUCUCCUUCGUAUCGAAGAGGUAGUGGGAAGAGUCGAGGUUAUCGAUCCAGAUCCAGGUCACGUGGUUUUCACAGAUCCAGAUCCAGGUCACCAUCCUACAGAAGUUAUCGCUCUCGUACCCGAUCUCCAAAUUACAAAACACAUUCUCCUUACAAACGAAGUGCCCCUCAGGGUGAAAACGAUCGUGAGUAUUAUGACCGCUACAGAGAGCCACCACCUCCGUUUGAUUACAGAGAACUUUAUGAAAGGCCUCGUGAUCCAAGAGACUCUUUUGAGAGGGAACGGUACAGAGAAUGGGAACGGCGAUGCAGAGCAUGGUACGAAUAUUAUAAGGGCUACAGUGGUGGCAAUCAGCCACGACCACGGUCUCCCUCAAAUAAGGAUCACUUCUCUCCAGAGCGCUUUGGCACUGUAAGUGCUAGGCGUGAUGGUUCACCACACAGCCGGAACCGUCGGGAUGAAUAUCCAGCAGAACAGACCGCUCGGGUUCGUACCAUGGCUGGCACUGGUAAUUAUCAAGAAAAGUACUCUUACAGAGAAAGUCACACUACAAAAGAAUCAAGAGAUUCAAAGGAAAAAGAAGUACCAAAUCUUCGUCCUGACUCCAAAGGAACAAAGCAUAAAAAACACAGGAAGAAGAAAAAAGAUGAAACAGAGACACUCACUAACCCCGAAUCUUCUCGUGAUGGGAAGAAAACCGGAGAGACUGCUGGCGAUGAAGGGAAAGGGACCUCUUUGUUUCUGCCCCUCAGCAGAGAUGAUGCAACACCCGUGAGAGAUGAGCCCAUGGAAGGAGACUCUAUUCCAUAUAAAGCCACAUCUGAAAAGGACAGAAAGGAAAAGUUAAAAUCAAAGAGUGAGAAACAGAAACGGAAAGCAGAGAGUAGCACGCCAAAGAAAGAACCCUCUGGAAAAACAGCAAAAGUAUCUCAGGAAAAGCCAAUUGAGAGAGAGAAAUCCCCUCACACCGAGAUCACCACCAAGAAAACAAGGGAGGAAUGUCCUCCCAAAAUAGAGGGGACAAAAAUCCAUCUUCUUCCAAAAAGUGAGAAGUUUUUUUUACCCAGGAAGGUGCAGCUUAAAAUGGGGCGUGAAUACCAAGAGAUGAAGAUUGUAAAAGAGGAAAAACAAAGAAAGGAUUACCCCAGGGAGGAAACUAAACAUGAGAAACAUGAUAAACCAGUCAGUAGGGAGGAAAAAUCAAAAAAGACAGUUAAAGCUGAUGAAAAACCAACUAAAGCAGAGGUAAAAGCUGAUAAACGUAAAAGGAAAACUGAUGACAAAGUGAGAGAGAGAGAACUUGGAACACCUCCAACUAAAUCAUCAAAAGUAGAAACAACCGAGGGAGCAAAAACUUCAGUGAAAAGUAAAUUUAACUCUGGCAGUGAAAAAUCAGCAGAAAAACACACAGACUUGCCUGCUGACAAGGAGAAGGCCACUCCACCAAAUGUAUCAGUGAGAAAAAUUAAAAUAAACCGGGAAAGUGGCAAAAAGAUUGUGAGUGGAGAGUCCCCAGCUCCACUAGAAGAGUCUACAGAAUUAGCAGAAAUGAAUGGUGGGAAAUCCAAACCUGAGAAAGUGAAAACCAAGACGAGGAGGAAAGUGGUUGGGGGCGAGGUGGCUGGUUCAACACUUGUGGAUUACACAAGUACCAGUUCUGCUGGAGGCAGCCCCAUUAGAAAAGCUGAAGAGAAACUGGACACAAAAAAGACUGUGAUCAAGACUAUGGAAGAGUACAAUAGUGAUACUAGACCCCCAGCUGAAGAUGAGAUUGUUAUUGUACAAGUUCCUCGUUCCAAAUGGGAAAAGGAGGAUUAUGAGACUGACGAAGAUGAAGGAAAAACAGCAGCUGCUGCAUUAAAUAUUGUGAAAGCCACUGGCAGUGGAGCAAGUGCCUCUGUGAAGUCUAUAAACCCUACAAAGCAAACCGAUAAAGAGGUUCCAUCAGAGAGAUUCCCAAAAACUGCUAAAGAAACAAAUCUGGAUGAGACUCAACAGGACCCCAAAACAGCUGCAAAAUGUUUAAGUGAGAAAGGUUUGAAGACCAAAGAUAAAGAGCAUGGGUCAGACAAGGAGACUCCAGACAAGAAGAAAGCUCUAGUUCAGCCUGACAAGCCAGCAGUUACAGAGCGGGAUAUAGAGUCAGCAAUUGCCAAUAAUCUCCCUCAAUCUUCAAAAGACUGGAUAGUUGAAAAAUUAGAUCCAGGCUGUAGAGGAACCUCAAACAAAGAGGCAGGUCCUUGUGUUGAUGGAAAAGUGGAAAGUGUCGACAGGCAGAUCUCUAUUUCCAAACACAGAGAGGAGCGAACUCGUGAUAUUAAGAAGCGGGAUUCUCCUAGUAAAUGUGAAGAACUGACACAAAGCCUAAAAGGUAAAGAGCAACAGAUAGACAGCAGGAAAAGUAGUACAGAGCCCAAGAAAAAUGACCACAGUCCUGGGAAGGAAAGGAGACUGCAUACAGACCACAGGAGUAGUUCUGAGUCCAGAAGUGCCACUGAAGAACCAAAAUCAUCAACCCUUUCCAGCCGAGAGAAGGAGAAAUAUAUUUUGGAAAUUAGGAGCAGUAAGGACAGGCAAGUCACUGGGAAAAUGAUCUCUCAUCGGACUGAAAUAUCCGCUGAAAAGAAUGACCAAGAGCAUUCUGGACGAGGUGACAAGGAUCACAGCCGCACCAAGGCCCCAGGACCGGUUAGCCGUUCUGUCCGAUAUUCUCGCCACUCCCUGGACCUAGCCAGAGAAACAGAUGAGGCAGCCUUUGAACCUGACUACAAUGAAAGUGAAAGUGAAGUUGAAGAGGACCAUACACUGAGGGAGGGAAAGGAAGCAAAAGAGAUCAUGCACCAAGUAAGAGAGAUCAAGGGAGUGUCUAUAGGUUCCAGAAACAACAGUGCUAAAAGUCUCACGCAAAACAGCCUGAGCAGCCCUACUUGCUGUCAGAGCCACAGCCCAAGUGAGAGCCAGACUCGGAGCCGCAGUAGCAGCGUCAGUUCAGAGGACACUCAAGAUAGUAAGAAGAGAAAGAAGAAAAAGGAGAAAAAGAAACACAAAAAACACAAGAAGCAUAAAAAGCACAAGAAACAUUUGGACGUUGAGUCGGAACUUGACAAAACACAGAAACACAAACACAAAAAGAAAAAGUCUAAAAAAAGCAAGGACAAAGAAAAGGACAAGGACAGUGACCAGAAGGUCCGAUCAUCUGUCAUCUUACGAACGGCAGAAACUGAUUAGUGGCUGGAGCAUUUGAUCAGAUCCUGUAAUAAAUAGAAGCUUUGUAAAUAUUCACUCGGACAUUGCUAUUCUGCGCUGAGUCCACUGCAACUUCAAAGAUUUUGUUUUCUGUAAUAUUGAGGGUUUAUAAAUUAGUUUUUGUACAGAAUUAUGUUUGACCAUGGGUAUGGGCAGAUUAUCCUGCAGCAUUUUUAAGUGAACUAUCAGACUACACUGGGAACUACUGUGAAAAUUUUUCACUAAACUUUUUUUAUAGCUGUGUAUACAAGCUGACAGUGUAAUUAAUGUAAAUGUUUUGCCUGAUGAUUUGCAGUAUAAAGUAAAGCCUCACUGUGUCAUCUUUUGACUGAAUAAAUUUUCAUUGAAUUCAUUAGAGUCAUUGCAAA